ACAUGUAGGGAUUUCAUGUACUUGAGAAAAACGAUCUUUACCGGCCUUCAACUUCCUCUUCCCGUAGCUGGAUAUAAUGGCGUCUGGAACACUUUACACGUAUCCGGAAAACUUCAGAGCUUACAAAGUGCUUAUUGCAGCUCAGUAUUCCGGUGCUCAAAUUAAGAUUGCAGAUGAUUUCGUUUUCGGCGAGACAAAUAAAACCGAAGCAUUUUUAAAGAAAUUCCCAUUAGGCAAGGUUCCAGCAUUUGAAACAUGUGAUGGAAAGUAUAUCACAGAAAGCAAUGCAAUUGCUUAUUAUGUGGCUAAUGAUCAAUUAAAAGGCAAAACUGAUCUUGAACGUGCAGAAAUCAUUCAAUGGUUUGGUUUUGCAGAUUCUGAAAUUCUUCCAGCUAGUUGUGCAUGGGUGUUCCCAUUGCUCGGAAUUAUGCCAUAUAAUAAACAGAAUGUAGAACAUGCUAAAGAUGAUGUAAAAAAAGCAUUGACUGCCCUCAAUUCUCAUUUACUUACACGUACUUACUUGGUUGGAGAACGAUUGACAUUAGCAGAUAUUAGUGUAGCCAUGACAUUACUUCAUUUAUAUCAAUAUAUUCUGGAACCAAAUUUACGUAAACCAUAUCAAAAUGUAAAUCGGUGGUUUCAAACAGUCAUUUAUCAACCUGAGUCAAUGGCUGUAAUUGGUGCCUUUAAAUUGGCUGAGAAAACUCUUGAAUAUGAUCCAAAAAAAUUUGCAGAAACUCAAGGAAAAUCCUCAAAGAAAGAGAAAAAAGAAAAGGAAUCUAAAAAAGAAUCAAAAGAAAUAAAGGAAUCUAAAAAAGAAACCAUUGAAGAUUUAGAUCCAGCAGAUGCUGCUUUAGCUGCUGAACCUAAAACUACAAAUCCUUUUGAUACAUUACCUAAAGGUAAUUUCGAUCUUGAUGAUUUUAAAAGAUUUUAUUCCAAUGAAGAUGAGGUGAAGUCCAUACCUUAUUUUUGGCAAAAAUUCGAUCCGGAACAUUAUAGUAUUUGGCUUGGAGAAUAUAAAUAUAAUAAUGAACUAACAAAGGUUUUUAUGUCUUGCAAUCUUAUAAGUGGAAUGUAUCAACGAUUAGAUAAGAUGCGAAAAGGUGCAUUUGCCAGUGCUUGUCUGUUUGGUACAGAUAAUGACAGUAGCAUCAGUGGUAUUUGGGUUUGGCGAGGACAAGAGCUUGCUUUCACGUUAUGCCCAGACUGGCAGGUAGAUUAUGAAUCAUACAGUUGGACUAAAUUAGAUCCAACUAAAGAAGAAACAAAACAAUUGGUUCAACAGUACUUUAGCUGGACCGGGACCGAUAAAGAAGGACGUAAAUUUAAUCAAGGAAAAAUUUUCAAGUAAAAAUUUGCCAUAUGCUUAUUAUUAAACAGAACACUUCGUUCACAUGAAAUAAACGUAAAAAACUGAUAAAAUA